AUGGAGCAAUCAACACUUGACAAGUUCUACUUGUGGUACUUUCUCGUCCACAUUCCCAUCACGUUGCUUGUGGAUGCAAGUCUAGUUAUUCCUCGCGAAUACCUUCCAUCGAUCUCGCUCAAGUUAAUAGAGCUUCAUAUCAGUACCAACAAGGACUUUCUCUUGGUGCAAUUACCACUUUGGCUCCAGGCUUUUGGAGCAGUCGAACUAUUCUUCCAGCUUCCACUUUUUGUAAUUGGUGCUUACUACUUGUAUAUCAAGUCCAGAUCGAUAUAUCCAUACAUGUUAUUGUAUGGAUUCAAUGCCAGUUUCACCACAGCAAUCUGUAUAGUUCAUGUGUUUUAUGAGGGUCACACUUAUGGGCUUCUGGAGGCUCAGGUGAAGCAAUUGAUACUUGUGUAUGUUCCCUAUUUUGCCAUACCCUUUGUUAUGAUGGUAGAUUAUUUGAACAGAAUUCUAGCCAUAGUUGGCGUGAGAGAGGAAGUGAUCGUGAUCACAGAAGAAAUUGAUAGCAAGAAGCUAGAGUGA